AAACAUAGAAACAUUAUUUACAAAACACACCAAUCCUUCGUUUUUCUCGGUUUCAUGGUGUUUAUUUUGCCUUUUGCAAUAAGUAAUUAAGAAUAUUGUUCCGAUUUCAAUGCUUCGUAACACCGUGAAAGACUAUAUUCUUGAGAGCUGUCGUUUGAUUCCAUGAAUAUCCUUCGUAUGGCGGUAUGUACAUCGUUGCAGGACUAUCGAAACUAGUGGCACUACGGCAACCGCAAGUAGAGCAUCCUCUUUGCAGUCCUGAUUUCUACCACAACAAGCAAGUCCCAGUUCACACCAGUUGGAAUCAGUUUGAAGUGUGGUGAAGAAAUAGCCAUCAUGGACACCAGCUCGAGAUCUGUGCAAAAGAUAACUUUGGUAACACCCCGCCGAGUGUUGAAAACUACCAGUGACAAGGAUCGAAGGCGCAUAAUAUCGGCCUUUGAAAAGGGUGUCUCGGCACCAGCCAUCAGUAAAAUACUAAACAUAAAGCAAGGCACGGUGUAUGGAAUCAUAAAAAAUUAUAAGGAACGUUUGCAGAUUGAUUCUAAGAAGCGCGGGGGACAAAACCCCAAAUUGUUGACACCAGAAGCAAUAGAUAGUAUACAUCGCUGGGUAGACGAAAAUGAGUCCGUCACGCUAAGGGUACUGACGGAGCGAGUGUUUAAGGAUCACGGUCUGCGCGUAAGCUCUACCACGGUAGCGCGGGAAGUCAGAGCGUACAAAAAUCCGACAAAGAUGCCAAAAAUUCAGUACAGAUGCGAUCGAUGCACCUUAAACCACCAAACCGAGGAAUGUCCGUUUGACGAUGAAGUAAUUGAAGGCUUGAAAUGUUCCACCUGCAAUGAACCACAUGGUGCAAAUGAUUCGCAGUGCCCUACGCGCAAAGACCCGUUCGCGACGAGUCCACUCCCAAGCGAGGAAAUUGAGCAUGAGGAAAGUUCGACACAAUCUUCGCUGGACGCAUUGUCACCGCUGAAAGCUGAACCGUCCUGGCCAUCGUCCGCGACUCAAAGCCCUGCACGGGAAACUAGCAUUGUGACUGCAACGCCGUUAAGUUUUCAAAACGACGUUUCUCACAUUAUCAUCGAAGAAGCGGACGCACUGUCUACUUCCACCGAUGCAAAUUCCCUGCACGAUCCUGAAACGCUGUUGACCAUUUUCAAAGAGAUGAGCGCCAAACUCAGGGCCUGCCGUACUAAGGCGGAUCAAAUCCAAGUACUGGGAGAGAUCAUUAUUCGUUACGGAUAGGUUGAGUGAUAGUGACCGGUUUGCAACGCUAUGCAUGGGCUAUAUACACUGUUGAUUGCCAUUGCUAUCACUAUUCAGUGCCAGGGCAAUGAAAUACCAACGUUAGUAAAGCGUUGGACAUUAGGACCACUUGCAACAGUGAACGUUUUCAGUUGACUUCGGUUUGCAAACAGCAUGGGAUAUCAUCAUCAUCAUUGGAGAACCGAAAUAUUCAAAGUAAAAUGGAAAUCCUCGUUUCUGGUUGACGUGGCUCGAAUGGAUGUUAGCGAUUUGCGUCUCGUCAGCGUUAGUAAAUUUAUGCGAAUAUGCGAAUCAAUAAGACGUUAGUAACAACUUGUACAGAAAAGUUUGCACUUCGCAGGACACUUUCAAUGAUGCUUGGCGGAUUUCUAUGUCUGAGAAUUAUCGGUAUCCUAUAUCCUAUAAUCCUAUCACUAAAAUGUAACCUGUGCUAAUAAUCCUUGGGGCUAUCAGAUCGAUUGGGCUCUUCGCGAAUAUCAGCAAAAUGGAAAAUGGAACAAAGAGCAAAAAAAAAAUUCAACAACAGAGAAAACAAAACACAAGCAAAGUGUUGCAAACCUUCUAGCAUAAAUCUAGAAGUUUAUAUAAUUUUCGACUAAACCACAGCGUAUCUAGUUGAUGUGUUAAACUAAGUGAGGCGACUGUACAUAUUAAUAUCUUAUUCUUAGAAUAAUUAUUGUUUCCGUGAUUCUUCCCAAUCUCUUGUAAUGCAAAUAAAUGCAAAUGCAGAUAAAAGUAUUUAGUUUUUAAAUUA